AUGUUCAUCGUUGGUUUAUUCUUCCGUGGCUACAUUACCGGGCUUUCGUGCGGCCAAUCUAAUGAUUCACAUUCUGUUUUUUUUAGUCUUUUUGUUUUUAUCCCUCGCUUUCUCUCACCCUUUUCCGUUUGUUGCGUCGCGUCGUUGUGGGUAUCAUUGCUGAGGGGUGGUAGUGCGUGGGGCCGGUUUUGGAGUCCUUUACCGCGGGGUGCCAGCCGCCUGGAAGAGGUAAUGAACUCCACCAAGUUCCAUUGCAUGUGGGUGUGGCUGAAUUUGUAUCACGCCGCACGCGAAAGUGGGAAUGGCGGCCAUGUACUUAUGAGUGACAUUGAGUUUGGUCGCAGUGUGCUACAAAUGCGGCUGGUGUGGCGCAAUUCGCUCAAGCACAUUUCCUACUGUUUGUUUUCGUUUGAGCGACUUACACUCAUUGAUCACCUUGUGACAUUAGUAGCACUCCUAAUUUUUAAAGGACUCCCGUGUUUCGUUAUACAGAAAGGUCAAAGUAUAUACAAGGACAGUAACUGCUACCUCAAAGUGCAGGAUUUAAAACAUCCAUUACCAGGCUCCACGUGA